GUGAGACGGGGGGUGACGCGACGGUUUCAUCAGUCCUCUCAGUUUUUCUGUUCGCUGCUCUUUGACUUCCUUAUUUGCCCGCAUUUCCUCUUUCAUUUACUGAUGAAAGCCCGACUGACUGCUCCAAGUCAACGCGUUGAACGAGUCUGUUUUAUCGAACUGCAAAACUGGUGGAUAACUACGCACUGAAGGACUAAAUAAUGAACUAAUUUCCUGUUUCUAAGUGUGUUUUUGGACGAGUAACGCUGGGCGGUGGAGCUUUUGCAGAACUGGUGAGCACAGAGACUCUGCAGCAGAAGUUAUUUACUGAAAUAUGAAGAUAUGAUCGUUUUAUCUGCAUGAUCUUCAAACAACAUUACACCUGCCUUUAUUUAUCUCCUUCCUGUUUAUGUUUUAAAUGUCCGUACAGUGAUGUAUGUCGACAUGCAGUAGUGUACCAGCCCUGCCUGCGUGUGUGAAUGUGUGUGUGAGUGUGUAAUGUCAGGGGACACCAGUACCUUGUCCUGGAGGAGCAUGUCUCCUACCAGCCAAUCGGAUUCCUCGGAUUUGUCUCCCGUGACAAACAUGGUCAAAGAAAGCGUCUUCCCGGUGAAGAUCAUCAAGGUGUGUUUCCUCAGUAACAGCUCCAACUUGGGCAAGAACUUCAAACUGGUCCGCUGUGAAGGGGGAUGGACUAUCAGGGUAACAAGAACUCUUACUUCUCUUACCAGCACUGCACUCUUCUGUAUUUCACUGCGCUUCACUGCAUUUAACUGCAUUGUAAUCUAAUGUGCUUAACUGCAGUACACUCCCUUUUCUUCACAGUAUUGCUUUCUAUUCGGUCUAAAAUUCACUUAGCACUAACAAUGCAAAGAGGCAAUCAUAAACAAACACGAUGCCCGUGUGACACAGACAAGGAGAAAGUAGAAACUGUCCUGAGGGGUGAAGAAUCAAAAUAUGACAUCCUUUUUGGAAAUCAUGCAUACAGUUCAAAGCCAACACCCCUGAUGGUAUGGGGAUCAUCAGAGUCCAUGUCAUGGGUAUCUUCCACAUCUGAGAAGGCUCCAUUAAUGCUGGACAAUAUCUGCAGGUUUAGGUGUAACAUCUGCUGCCAUCCAGACUAAGGCUGCACGAUAUUGGAAAAAACUAACAUCACUAUUUUUUUCAUCCCUGCGAUAUUUAUUGCGAUAUUAAAAAUACAGGAAUUUUCACCAGAUGACCUGAAUAGCACUUAAUGUUAUGCUGCACUGCUGAAGUCUUGAGGACAGUUAACCUGCACUGAUCUUACCUCUUUUUGUGAAUGUUAGAAUGGCUUCUGUCUGUCUCAGAGAUAUUUUUAGAUUUUAUCCUGCUGGGACGUUAUUGUUGUGACAGAUGAACACAGAACACGUGUUUUGGUCGACAUUAUCCAUCUUGUUUCUCGGCUCAACUCCGGUAGCGCCAGUGACUCCCUCCAUGUGCAGAACAUGUGCAGGGGUGGGUUUCCUCCUCUCUGAUUUUGAUUGACAGCUGGCAGGGUAGUCUGGUUGGCAACUGAGUAAAGAAUGAAGGUGAUUGGUGGAUCGCUGCACAGCACAUGCAGAGUCACAUGCAGUGUAUCUCAGUCAGUUACCCUUGAAAUUAACCGAGUUCAUUCACCUCCGACAUCGCAGGCUCUGCAUGUGACUAUCGCACACGUACAUCUCGAUGAUGAUGUUCAAACGAUAUAUCAUGCAGGCCUAAUCCAGACAAUGACUUUUUCAGAGAAGACCUUCAUAUUUCAGCAAAGCACAUUCUGCAGGGAUUACAACAUCAUGGCUCUGUAGUAGAAGAGUCCUGACACCUAUUGAAAACAUUAUUUUUUUCCUAGAAACUUCUCAGUUUUAAUUUUUCAAAUGCUGCACUUAGAUCCUUCGACAUCACUGUAUAAAUAUUUCUCCUCCAGGCUGUGAUCAACGUGGUUCUGUCCAGCGGCUGUGUGGGUCCAGAUAUUAAGUACAGCUUGUGUUACGGCCUCCUCCUCAAACACCUGAAGUCCUCAGAGAUACACUGGCUCCACCUGGACCUGACUGUAUCUGAACUCACUCAGAAAUAUGAGCAGCAGCAUCUGGAGGCUGAGUGGAGGUCAGAGUUUCUUUUCUUUUCGUUUAUUUUCCUUUACAACAACAAAUUUUGUGAAACUGCAGCUUUGCAAAGCUAAAUCUGACCCUUGUUUGUCCAGGUACGAUUUAAGGAUCAGAUACAUCCCAUCAGACUUCAUGGAGAAAUUUAAAGACGACAGGACGACUAUGCUCUACUUUUACCAGCAGGUUGGUUAUUUUUCCGUUUUAGAAAAACAUUAUCCUGUCAUAUUUUUUAGGCAUUAAGAGGGUUAAUGAUUAGGAUUUGUUCAAUGAGUUGGUGUACGUUUAAAUCCACAGGUACGAAGUGACUACAUGCAGCAGUACGCCUCAAAAGUCAGUGACGGGAUGGCUCUGCAGCUCGGCUGUCUGGAAAUAAGGUACAAACGUAACCUCACAGAGAGAUUUCUACUCUGAGUGGUUCAGCUACAAAACUAGAACUACUUUGAUUUGAUUUGAUUUGAUUUGAUAAUUUUAUUUAAGUGUCAUUCACCAAAAUUGGUGCCCAGACCACAUGGGCAACAGAUUCAUAACACAGUGUAUCCAAGACAGCCACGCGACAUAAUAUACAACAAUAAGAAUCGUGACACAAUGAGAAUAAUGAAAAAAAAAAAAAAAGUUCAUCCUACAGGACACAGAAUACUUUGCCUCACAUGCCGAACCUUUUCAACAAAUUUUGCCAAAACAAAAAGAUCCUUUUCAAACAACCAACCCAGAAUCUCACCUUCACUCUUCCAAAAUAAAUCAGGAUUUUUAAACUGAAUUGAUUCAAAAAUGACAUUCCUUAAGUCAUCGUACACGGGACAAUUGAAAACAAAAUAAAUUCAUCCUCAACAACCUGUAAAUCACAGAAUUCACACAAACGUGCUUCUUCAGGUAAACCUUUAAAUCGUCCCACUUCUACUGCCAGAGGUAAGGUACCUGUUCCCAACUGAGCACUGAGAGAUCUCUGUCUUCUCUUUAAAUGAAGGAAAAUAUAAGGUUCUCUAAUAUCAUCCUUCUUGAACUGAACAUCAUUUCUGAGCUUUGGUUUCUUCCAUAUAUCCUGUUUCUAUUGGUCUUCGUACUUCGAGAUCAUUGAAAUCUCACUGGACCGGGGAUGAUAAUUUGCUCUGUCCCAGUUAAAAAUUUUCCGAGUUAGCCUUUCCUCCGGCAGACUGACCAGACGAUUCCACAGUCGCAUCAUUUCACAAUGUUGUUUUACAAUACAAGGGUCCCAUCCUGCAUCCCCUUCAGUUGCUGCCUUUGCUGCAUAUUCAUGGACACCAAGAAAACAUCUGAACAGAAUUACAACCAGAGACCUCCUCAAAACCCCAAAUCCCUGCAGCAUAUAACAAAACCGGGUCAACCAGGAAAUGAUUUUGUUUUUUUUCUUAUCUUGUUUGCAGGAGAUUCUACAAAGACAUGAACCCAAACGGCCUGGAGAAGAAGUCCAACUUUGAACUUUUAGAGUGAGUAGAAAAGUUUCCUUCUAAGUUACCUCUUCUGGGCCAUGCAGUGGUGGAAGGUUUAUUCAAAAUACUGUGACACAUCAAACUAAAAUAGCUCACAACCGCUCCUCUUUGAAUGUGAUCAAAGUGUUUGAGCUGUAGAUAUCGAACCACCACACACGCCGCAGAGAUAUGAUCAAGAGAAACAAUCACAGGUCAACAUUUAAACCGACACAGUGUUUGGUUUGGUAGGAAAACCGCGUUGUUAGUCAUCUCUGCGGACAGAUAUUACUGCUGUAAAAAUAAGUCCCUGGUUUGAAUUCUAGUUUCUGUCUCUGGGGUCAAAGAGGGUGGUCAGUAAACCGGCUCAGAGGCUCCCCUAGAGACGGAUUUUAGGAAUGACACUAAAAGAUUUGGACUCCUAAAAAAAAGAACCGCAUAAGUGUCUAAAUCUGCAUAAGUGUCUAAAUCUGUCUGGUUUUGCUUUUAAAAAGUGCGUUAUUUUACAAUUAUGUCCCUCCGUUAGGAAGGAUGUGGGGCUGGAUCUCUUCUUUCCCAGAGAGUUGAUCAACAGCAUGAAGGUAGAGACUUUAAAUGUCCUUUCUCCGGACUAGAUCAGUUGUUGGAUGUAGUUUGUAAAAUUAAAAGGAUUGAUUUGAAUCUUUUUCUGUUGUCUCAGCCAAAGCAGUUACGUCGGCUGAUCCAGCAGACGUUUCAGGGCUACUCCACGCUGAAACAGGACCAGUGCAUGUCCCGGUUCUUCACCACUCUGGCUCAGUGCUACAGCUACACACAGGAGAGCUUCGCCUGCCAGCUGGUGGUGAGAAACAAACUGCUGUUUCCUGCAUUUUCGGGUCACAAGGGGAUGAAAAAGUUGGUGCUCUUACCUGAGGUUGAGCUUUUAGGGUUUUGAACCAGGACAAGAAGAAGUUGGAAACUUUGAUGUCAUCAUUUGAGUGUGUGGGACUUGGUCCUGUGUGGGACAAAAAGGUUAAACAUGAGUCGUUUUGACAGGUACCAGGUUGUGUUUUCUACUCAGACCUGAACUAACAGACAGUUUCAAGAUAACUAUGACAAAACAAAUAAACAUUUGAAAAAAAAACCUUAAACAAGUCCUAAAAAGUGUAAAAAGAGAAGAAAACAGACCUUUAAAUGGACGCUGAAGGGUUAAGGUUAAACAGCACUCAAAAAAAAUCUAAAGGGUCCUUUAAAACAGCAAAAAAAACUAGAACUAAGAAACUGGUCCAAACAAGCAUAAAAUGAAAGAAAACAUAUUAGACUAGAAAAGCACUCGGAGAGCACAGACCUCUACCAAGCAGCUCAUGUCCCCCCUUAAACAAGAAAUGCCCUGACUGGGAUUUGAACCCAGAACCUUCUGGUUGUGCGGCGACAGGUCCAUAAGAGAGAGAAGAAUUUGAGUUGUAUGAUUGUAAAAUAUCACAGAAAUAUAUUUUAAAAAGAAAACACCUAGAAGAGGAGAGUGCUGAUUCAAAAUGAUGAAAGUUUCUGAACGUGAUCUAGGAAAGGUCCCCAGAUCUUCUCGAAUUUCUUGUCAUUGCCUGCAAUCGAGUAACGGAUCUUCUCAAGGUCUAAGCAAGACGUAAGGUCUUUCAGCCAAUGACUGUGAGUGGGCGGGGCAGCAUCCCUCCAUCUGAGGAGAACCGCACAUCGAGUCAGGAGGAAGGCAAACGCUAGGGUUCGGCUCUUAGCGGAAGAAAGAUCUGUAUCCUCUCCCACCGUAACAAAAACAGAUGAGAUGCUUUUUUAAAUGUCUGUUUUGUUUGUGUCCCGUCUCUACAGCACAGCUGGAAUCUAACCAUCGACCUGGUCAUCGGCCCUGAAGGCAUCAGUCAGCAAACUGAAAACUCCACAGUGAGAUCACACUCCGUUUCUUUUUAAUCAGUCAUAACUUUUAACUUUUUUAUAACAAGUGAUGAUGAGGUUUACUCACACUCGUAGCUCAGGGUGCAGAGGGAGGGUCAGGUUAGAGGAAACGUACUUAUCGAAGAUAAGAUUGGAGAUUCCAGGUUUCAGAGACUCCCUCCCUCUACCUCCCAAAACUAUCAUAACAUACAGACAUAUCCUAUUGUUGAUGCCUAAUAUUUGAUAUUUUUCUGUCUCUACAGCCCGUCUGUUUGGCCUCGUUCUCUCAGGUUCAGAGCAUUGCAUGCUCUGCAGACAGCGAGGGCCGGGCCCUGCUCACUGUGCACAUCGACGGAGCCAAACAGGUGAGAACUUCCUGACUAAAUUUGAGUUAUUACAGAAAUAGUCAUGCCUCUGUGGUUUCAGGGGGAGGGAGGUGUAAAAACCCUCUUGUUGCUUUUCACACCUUUUAAACAUACAUAUAGGUCAGAGUCACAUUUUUAUUCACAGACUGAAUACGUUUCUCCUUUUUUACCCCCAGCCUCUGUCUGUGAGCACUUCCUCUCUGGCUAUGGCGGAAAACAUGGCCAACCUGAUCGACGGCUACUGUCGGCUGGAGGGAAACUCAGAAAAGUCGCUCAUCAUCCGGCCCAGCAAAGGUAAACCGCACCUGCGCUGGUAUCAGUUCAACCCGAGACAAGCGAGAAAGUCAUGAAUGAACAAGAAAACACACAAAUUUAAGCUCCACUAAAAUAAUGAUAAAAAUCAAACAUCAUUUCUAACAGUUUUGAUUCCACAGCGACGUAAAUGAACUCCUGGGCUCCCAAAAGUUAAAAAUCUCUAUUCAAUGCUACCAUUCCGCAAACAGAGCUGAUUCAGAGAGAACGAUAAAAAUCAUCUUAACUGUAAUUUAAAGGUUCAAAUGAUGAGAAACGAUGAUUGUGUUUUUUGCAUGCAGGACGAGACACAAGAACAAAACUACCUGAAAUCCCAAACCGGUGAGUGUGAUGGGAAUAAUAAAAGUGGAAACAUUCAUUGUGUAGGUUCAGGUUUUAAAAAAUGAUAAACUUCUCCCUCUCUUUCAGCGGUCGUUCGAGAAGUUCUUUGAAAAGUCACAGUGAGUCGAUUUAUAAAGGCCUCUGCCUUCACUCUCUCCUUUCGCUGUGGAUGUUUACGUUUAUUUUCCACCUUUUUAACAAUGAUGUCAAGUUUCUCUGAAGCAGUGCCGAGACCAAAACAAAACAAAAUCACCAACUCUGACGUGUUUUCUUUCUUCCAGAUUCAGAUAUUUACGCAGAGAUUCCAGAGGGCGGAGCAGACUGUAGCGGUGAGUGUUUUACUGACAAUUUACCGGGGGGGGGGGGGGGUUCCUUAUGUUCAAGUCCAAGUCAAGUCUCAAGUCUUGGCUCUCAAGUCAAGUCCAAGUCAACACAGACAAGUCUUAAGUCAAGUCCAAGUCCUUUGCUCUCAAGUCUCAAGUCAAGUCCAAGUCAUUUCUUGAACAUCAAGCAAGUCAAAAACGGGACUCAAGUCCAAGUCGAGUCUCAAGUCGAGUCGUCAAGCCCCCACCUCUGGUAUUUACCACGACUUUAAGCCUCAGAGUCUACCUUUAAAACUUGUUAGCUUCCGUUAGCUCAGCUCUUUUCUCUCAGGUUUCACUUUGAACCUAAUACCUGAAAAACAAAGUAAAAAUCAGCCCUUCAUCGGCGAGAAUCAGACAGCUGGCAAAAUUAGUUUUCUACCUGGACUGAGAAGUUAAACGUCUUGUUGAUUCGAGGAACAUUAUUAUCUAAAUUAGUUGAACUUUCACAAUAAUUUUUUCUUUUUCUGUGUUCAGAGAAACACAAAAUCUCCAGGGACAGUGUUGUUCUGGGUCGAAUCCUCGGAGAGGGAUUCUUCGGAGAGGUUCACAAAGGAGUUUAUAAAAGCCCAGUGAGUUUAUUUCAAUCUAUCUCCAACCAGAAUCAUCAAACCGGCACCAAAGUUAACUCUAAAGCAUGAAAUCCUCUGAAACAUGUGUCUGCAUGUGUGUUUUUAGACAGGAGAAAGGAUCAACGUGGCCAUUAAAACCUGUAAAGACUUCUCCGCUGAUGUAAAGGAGAAGUUUCUAAGUGAAGCCGGUGAGCUGCUGAGAUUACUUCCUACAAAGCACUUACACAACUCACCUACACAUUCAGGAUUUUCUUUCAGUUUGAGACCCUUAAAGUGACUGCAAAGAUUUAUUUCUGUACAGAAACGUUUAAAGAUGCUCUGAGGAUUAUUGAAGUCAAAUACAACAGAAAACAGAGAGAGUCCGAGUUGAGCAAAAGGACUGGAACAUUUGGAUCUUUUCAGAGUUUUGCAGGUUUCGUCAGUCAGUCAGUCAGCAGGUUCCUGUCGUUGUCUUCCGGUUGGCAGGUUGUGGUUUGUGUUAAAUUUAGAGUGAAGGUUGCGGUGUGCUCAGAGCGAGAGGAAAGAGCGCAUUUGAUUUUUUCUCCUGAGCCGAGACAGCGAGUAAAAGACAGCCGAUUACUUUUACGGCGAAAGACCAUCGGACUCUUAAAAAGCUCAUUUAUUAACAUCACAAGGUUGAUGCUUGAUUUGAAUUAAAGAAACAUUUGUCAGAUUCAGUUUUAGAUAUCGUUUCUUCAGCGGUUGAUCAGCAAUUUAGAGUUAUUUCCUCAUAAACUUUCUAAACUACCUGAUACCUUAAUAUACCUGGUACUAAUAAUCAAUAAGAAAUCUUUGUAAGAUGAUGAGGUUUUACUCUGUCUGUUGCAGGCCUCAUGAAAAAUCUGGAUCAUCCUCACAUCGUACGUCUGAUCGGCGUCAUCGAGGUCGACCCGGUCUGGAUUGUUAUGGAGCUCUACGAACAUGGAGAGGUGUGUGUUUUUGGACCUACAUGUUUGAAUUGCUGCUUUCUCUAUUUACAAUGAAAGAAGAUUGGAGUAGAGGAUACACUAUUGAUCAUCAUCAUCAUCAUAAUCAGGCUAAUGAACAAUCACAUCAUAUUAUUUCAUAUUAAAAUAUCACUGUGUGGAAUCACGUUGUGUCAUCGAUCAUUAUGUGCUGGUUCAUAUCAUACAGUACUAUAUCCUACCGUAUUAUAUUGCAUCGUCCUGUGCUGUACCAUACAAUAUUGUACUGUAUUGUGUUACCAUAGCAAUUUCAAAGUUUCAUUUAGUUUCUUUUUUUUCUAGAAGUCAUUUUUAAUUCUUAAAAAAUGUAAAAAAAGGGGUUAAAUUGACCAGAGUUCCCUUUUUUCUAAUGCAAACAUACAUAUAAUUUAGUAGAAGGCCCCUGUAUCUUGUCUUUGCUUUGAUUUGCUUCUCUUCUUUCGGCAGCUGGGGAACUACCUUGUGGAGCAACAGUACAUGUUGACAAACUCAACGUUGAUCCUGUACUGUGUUCAAAUCUGCAAAGCCCUGGCUUACCUGGAGGGACUCAGUAUGGUGCACAGGUAUCACAGCACAGAAAACAAAGCAUAAAGUUUUCAUUCAUUUAAUAUUUGGAGUGUGUUUCUUCACUUCUUCUCUCAUCUGUCUGGUUUCUGCCUGGUUUCUGUUCUGUCUGCAGAGAUAUAGCGGUACGAAAUGUUUUGGUGGCAUCCCCUGACUGUGUGAAGCUCGGUGACUUUGGCCUGUCUCGCUACAUCGAUGAACAAGAGUAUUAUAAAGGUACACCUUCAUCUAAAAACGAUACAGAACAAACCUUUUUUUAAAUCUUCUCAGGAGUUUCAAUCAAUUUAUUAUGAGUUUAUUUUCCUCCAGGGCAUGCUUAUGCUUAUGCUUUAGUACUAUUUUCUAAAAUUGAAGAUAAAUCUUCUGUCUUUUGUAUUUUGUUCAUAUCUCCUUUCAUAUUUUUUUCCUCUGUGUGAAGCCUCUGUUAGCCGAUUACCUAUCAAAUGGAUGGCACCAGAAUCCAUCAACUUCAGACGCUUCACCUCAGCCAGUGACGUCUGGAUGUUCGGUAGGAAACAGUUUAUCUACACGCUCACUCACACUAUUUAUUCUUUAAUGUGGCCCUCAAACUCUGUCAUAAAUUUGUGUGGUUUGAAAAUUGAUUACUUAACAUUUUUUGGUUCCCUUUUUCAACUUUUUAAAGUUGUCUAAAAAAUAUAUAAUAAUAAUAAUAAUAAUGAUAAUAAUAAAUACAAAUUGUAAAAAAAAAAAUAAUAAUAAUAAUAAUAAAUUUAAAAAAAAAAAUAAUAAUAAUAAAUUUAAAAAAAAAAAAUAAUAAUAAUAAUAAUACUUAUAGCUCCAGUGUGAAGUUUGUAACAUCAACUAAUCAGACUAAAAUUUAUACUGAUGCCUUUUUAUGAUCCACUCACUCAUUGAGCAUUUUUUGGUCUAAAAGAGGUCUAAUAGACAUCUAAAUGUACACAAUCACACAAUCCAACAUGCUCUCUUUUCACGUAUCAGCAGCAGUUGAUAGUAACACAAGUGUAAAGACUAAAUGUUGUCUGACUCCUACCCCCCUGCCACUCCGUUCAUACUUUAAAAUAACUACAGAAAUAAGCACUCUUCUUUUUGAUAGUCUAAGUUUCUCUUUCAGAUCAUAAAAAGACAACAAUGUUAAUUCCAUCAAACUGGAUAAACAGAGCUGACAGAGAGGACUCAACUUUACGCGGAGCGGAAAAAGCAUUCAGCUGGCACAUCACUCCUUAAACUUUGUUUUCUGUGCCGUAUUUGACCAGGUGUGUGUGUGUGGGAGGUCUUCUCUCAGGCCCAGCAGCCAUUCUUCUGGCUGGAGAACGGUCAGGUGAUCAUCCAGCUCGAGUCAGGGGUUCGACUCCCCAAACCACAGCACUGCCCGCCCAAUGUCUACUCCCUGCUCACCCGCUGCUGGGCGUACGAGCCGGCCACCAGACCCAGCUUCAGCCACCUUGCCUGUUCUCUCAAGUAAACACACACGCCUGUGCUAAAUGUAACUUUGUCUUAUACAUCAGAGAUGAGGACGCGUUUAUGAGUGAAGCCUGUGUGUGUGUGUGUGUGUGUGUGUGUGUGUGUGUGUGUGUGUGUGUGUGUGUGUGUGUGUGUGUGUGUGUGUGUGUGUGACAGUGACAUCUACAGGACAGAGCUGGAGCAGGAGAAAGACACGAGGAGGACUAGAUCACGAUCCAACCCAUCAGGGUUUGACUCGAAUCCUGCAGAGCCUCCACCCAAGGUACAACACAAAAACACAAAAAGUACAGUUUGUUUUAAGAGUGUAGAGGUCCAGGGAAGUACAAGAAGCAUCCACAACGAUCUAAAAAAAAGUAAUCAAAUAACACCUAACAUGCCCUCUGUGUCUUUCUAUCUCAUCAGCCGUCCAGAAUACAAGGAAACACUCUCCCUCGAGACAUACAGGUAUCAACACAUCAGCAUAAAUGAACAACUUCUCCACCACUCUCCCCUGCAUGACACAAAACUCAAACCAUCAAACCUGCAGCCAAAUAAAUAUUGAAGAUUUACUCUUUUACAUUAGAGGAAUAAAACUGCUCUGUGUCAACAUUUCAUACAUUUCAAAACUGCAUCAAGCCUGACUCGUAAAUUUGUUAUCAAGCAGCUGGUUGUGUCCCCUGCUGCACAACUUUAACACAAGUUUAACACAACUGGAUGAUUCAGCAACAACUUGGAAAUAAAGUAACUGAAGAAAAAACUAACGAAAUAUGCAAAACACAUUUUCUUAAAGGGAUGUUUUGAGGUAUUUUUGCUUUUACUAAAUGGACAGCUGAAGUGAGAGGGCGGCGUGUUUAGACCGCGAGUAUUUGAUUUAGACUACAAGUGUAAAAGUGUGUGUUUGUGUGUGUGUGUUUGUGUGUGUGUAGAAAAAAAAGCAAGACAACAGGCCGCAGUGGGAGAGGGAGCGUGAGCAUGUGGAGGACACUUUGCAGAGACAGAGACAAGAGAUGCUGAUGGACAACCAGUGGUUAGAGCAGGAGGAGAGACAACUGGUGAGAGAAAACACACACACACACACACACACACACACACACACACACUUUACACUGAAACACCAUUAUUAAAUAGUAUAAAUAUAAUCGAUAACAUGACUUCACAAUAUUUGUCAUGACUGCACAAACUGAUUUUUCUUUCAGGAUCCUGUCGUACGAGUAGAUUCACACAUUAAGGUGAGUAUUGUCUUACGUUCAUAUACUCUCAUUUGAUGCUUUAUCACCACUAGAGAGCAGAAUAAUGCUUGUAAUGACACUUUCAGUCAUCUUGGGGCAUUUCAGAUGGAGCUGAAGCUUCCAAUCCUAAACUUUUUAUACUGUUUAUGUACUUUUUUUGGGUGACAGGUUAUUUCUAAUUCUGGUUUCUUUUUGUGGUGUUUUGCUACAAAUGUCAAAUCUGAUUUAAACUGUCAAAGCAGUAAAUUUUCACUCUUUUCUUGUGUGUUUUUAUACUUGUUGUUUGCAGCCUCCAGAAAAAAGUCCAGAAAAUGGUGAGUCCAGAUUAAGAAGCUAAAUCCCAGGGAUAAAUCAGAUUUACUUAAUACUGAAAAGCAAACAAAAAGAGAGCUGAGGCACUCAUGAGGUUUAAACUAAAAAGCCUCUGUUGUGACAUGGCUAAUCUAUUUAAAACAUGCCAACAUUGAGGCCCUGUCGUAGGCCUGUCUGGCCAAAAUGUGUUGGCAUGUUUUUAAUAGAUUAGCCGUGUCACAAUAAAGGCUUUUUAGUGUAACCCUCAUGAGCGCCUCAGCUCUCUUUUUGUUUGCUUUCCCUGGACCCCCCUGACUGAUGAGCACAUGAGGGAUACUCCUUUUUGCCACACCCAGCAGCACUCCAUGCUCUGCUCCUUUUCUCUGAUUACUUAACUUUGAUCAUAAAUGCACUGAUUAAAUUACUUAAACAAACCGAUAACAGCACCUAAAGUGAGUUUCAUGUUCUGAGAGACAAAAAUUGAAUGUUCAUUAAAUGUUCAAAUAAAAUUGAGCAUAUAAUGUCAGAACUAUAAAAAUAAGGGAUAAUACAUGAAGGCUUACCGUAUUACAGAAUAUUUUCUCUUUGCAUGGGAAAUGAGUGGCUCUACAAACUGAGCAGCUUUAUCUCUUUUUGUCAGGUCCUCCAGAAAAGCCUCCUGCUCCUCCUCCUGCAACACAGGUACAUAAAGACAGUUAUACGAACGUCCUCUGAAGCAUAUUCACGUGUUUUACUAUUUUAAAGAGAAUAGAAAACUACAGAUGAGCUUAAAAAGUUCAAUUAUGAGGCUGCAUGGUGGUACAGUGGUCAGCACUGUUGCUGAGUGGCAUUUGCAGAUUCUCCAAAAAUGGCUCCCCAGGUUAAGUGGUCACUCGAAAUUAGGGUCCGACCGAUUUAUUUUUUAGCCCGUUUGAGACAAAUCGGUAAUCGGCCAAAACUCGCCGAUUUUAGCCGAUAUUUUCAUAAAUAAAAUGCCGAGAAUAAGAUGGGGCAGCGACCUCAUGACAAUCUUCAUCCACUAACUGCCUCACAGCACAGCAGAGUGACGGAGCUGAAGCAGACAGCUCAGGGACGCACAGAGGAGAGUGGUCCGACUCAACGGUAAAUAAACCAGUUUGUGAAAUACACAAUAAGUCAACAAGUUUCAGUUCAACCCACUUCACCAUGUUCCCCGCUGUGUUGGUCUCAGUCACGCCGAGUAAACGGUGAAGCACCAUGUAAUAUGCAAGCUAAAGUUAGAGUUAGCUACCUGCUAUUAGCAAUGCUACACUGUUAGCCGUGCCAAUAACAGUAGAAUAAACAACAGUACACAUUAGUGAUCGAGCUACUUCUCUUACUGAGGCAGCUGCAUGUCUCCAGAUGAGACGGGACCGGAAAUGAGUAACGUGAGUGAAGACGCAGAGGCACCCAUCGGCGAAGGCGGCGGGGGUUGAAAACGGUUUUCUGGUCCUAGUUUGAUCAGUGUGAAGAGCAGUAGCCUACAGUAUAUCUACACAGUAUAUAGUAUACUGUAGAUAUUUACAGUAUACAUAUUUUUUAUAACUUCAUAAAAAUUGUAAAAAAAAUCGCCGAUUAAUCGGUAAUCGGAUGUAUGAUAUAUGUGAGCUAGUCCAGGUGUACCCUGCCUCUUGCCCAAUGACACCUUGGAUAGGCUCCAGCACCCCAUGGCACCUUGAAUGGGCUAAAAAAAAUGGUUAAAUGGAUGGGAGUUAUAAUAUUUCAGAUUAGGAUUACAUUUCAGUUAAGAACAUGAAAUAGUGAGUUUUGAAUUGUUUCUUGCUGUGUUGUUGUAGCCUCGGCCCACAGCUGAGCUGGACCGCUCGGGUGAUCAGGUCUACACCGGCGUCAUGGCAAUGGUCAAAGAGGUGGUGCAGCUGAAAAACAAUGUCAACAGGUUGCCUGCCUCUGAGUAUCCGAACGCUGUGAAAGUACGUCAGUCACCACAUGUCUUUGGAUGUUGUCUUUUUCAUCUCUCUUUUUCCCCCAGUUACACUCCAAAAAAUAAAAAUAUGAAAGAAUAAACUAAAAAUAACAAAAACAAAAAAAGUGGUACAUUGAACCUUUAAAUGAUACGUUUCGCACCUUUUAACUUUGUCCUCCCUCAUCCUCCUCCAGGCGGUGGGUAUCAGCCUUCGCAGCCUGAUGCAAAGUGUCGAUGAAAUCCUGCCCUCUUUGCACAGCUCUGUCACCACAGAGGUACAACACAUCUCACUGUCUUUCACUUUGAACAUUAAACCUCUUCAUACAUGAAUCAAAACUCCAAACAUCCUCUGUGUCUCAGAUCGAGGGCACGAAGAAGCUCCUGAACAAAGAUCUGGGCGAGCUGAUCAAUAAGAUGCGUCUGGCGCAGCAGAACUCCAUCACGUCCCUGAAGGAGGAGUGUCAGCGGCAGAUGUUGGCGGCCGCUCACACACUUGCUCUCGACUCCAAGAACCUACUGGAUGCUGUUGACCAGGCUCGGGUUCGAGCAAAUCUUGCCAAACCCAGGCCUGAUGCACAAACUGUAGAUGAUUCUGGGUAGUGUGGAGCGAGUGCACAAGAUGAUCAAAAAGACUGAAAACAAGGACACGAAAUGGAGUGAUGUUGCAAUAAUGUUUUUGGUCUCUGUUACUGUGAAAAGUUGCUGCAAUAAAAGACAUCAUAAAAAGAUAUUUGAGAAAACUAAACAAACCAAACUAUCAUCAUACACAGAAACGAUCAAAUGUACACAGUUUCUUGUUCUUGUUGUAUUCUUUCAACUAUUUUUAUCAUUAAAGACACCGUUAAUGCUCUCUUUCCGUCUUUGUCUUCAGACAACUAAAAAAUAUUUAAAAAAUUAAAUAAUAAUAAAAAACGGAUGAAAAGAACUAGUAAAGAUUUUUGGACAGGUUACAAUAUAUAGCGUCAAAUAAACAGACCUGUUCUAAAACUACAUUUUUCAGUAUAAUUGUCAAACAGUGGGCAUAUAGUUUAGAAAUGUUCUGUAAUUUUAAUUGUUAAACCACAAAGAGGACCAAAGCUUACAGAAUGACCACGGCAAUAGAUGGAACUGGACGACCAUGAUCUUUGGACCUUAAGGCAGCACUGCGCUGAAAACAAAGACGCUAAACAGGGCGACCCUGAUAACUUGGAAGUGAUGUAAUCUAAAGUGAUCAAAUAAAUAGUGCCUCUUUGAAAAAAUAUAUUUGCAAGUAAUUUGACUUAGUUUUGACAUUUCUUUUAUAAUCCAAAAUGGCAAAGUCU